CGAACCAUCGAUUUUAGAUAGAUUCGAAGUGAUCGGGUUCAGUUCAGCGUAAAAAACGGGGUAAAAAGAAACAAAAGUCGGGUUUAGUGAGGAGAUGAGACCGAAUAACAGAAAUGCAGCUAGGGUACUACCGGUAGAAGCUGAUAGUAAUAGAUGGGAGUUCUUUACUUUUGUUGAUUACUCCGUUGCUUUUAUUCUUGUUAUCAUCAGCCUUUCAGCUGCAGAACCGCCAGUACGUGGUGGAGUUCUGGCACGCCAAGAACAACCGCCUUACCAAGCAAGAGGGUUCAGACCUGCAGGACCUGCAUUCAAUCUACCCCAAAGAUCUCAAAGGCAACAACAACUUCCUGUACCAGCGGCUUCCUAUGGUCCACCCCCUCAGGAGUAUGGUCCACCAGCUGAACCAACAACUGAAACACCUACUACCACUGAAACCAUAGAAGCCACAACAACUUUGGAACCUCAGGCUGAAAGUUUCAAAGUUUCCCCAACCAAAGACAAACUAACCGACACUCCACAAGCUUCAAUCAAUCCUGCCGCCCUCUAUGUAGUAGUACCACAAGCUCAAAACUUGAUAUACGCUUCUGCCCCUAUUACCUCGGCAAAGUUAGUCGUACCAGCCCAAGUUCAACAAGUGCAGCAACCCAGAUUGGUUCCAGUACAAGCUGUUCCAGCUUUUGCUAAAAUCCAGGAAGUUCCUCAAGUCGCCCAAGUGGUAGAAUACCAAAAUUUCGCUCCAGUGCAAGCUGUUCCAGUGGUGUCUUCUGCAUAUACUGCCAUUAUUAAUACUCCGUACAGUUCGAGCUUUGUCCAGAGCUUUCAGUGAUUAGUAUGUUUUAACACUUUUGGAUAAUUUCUGUAAUUAUUAUUUAUUGUUUUUUUAUUUAUUUUAGUUUGUUAAAUAAACUUUG